AUGACUUUGAGUGCUCUCCGUCGCCUCUCCACCACUGCUACACACCUCUCACGAGCUUCCGCUACAGCAACCUCCAGCAAAAUGGCAGCCGAGAACGCUUUCUCAACUCGCGUCGUUGGCGCUCCCAACACGCUCGAGCACCGCGUCUUUAUUGAGCAGAAUGGCAAGGUCGUCUCGCCCUUCCACGACAUCCCCCUCUACGCCGACAACGCUCAGACUAUCCUGAACAGUGAGCACACACCGUCCAACACUCCUAACCCCGCAGUGGUCGUCGAGGUCCCCCGCUGGACCAACGCCAAGAUGGAGAUCUCCAAGGAGGAGAACUUUAACCCCAUCCUCCAGGACACCAAGAAGGGCAAGCUCCGUUACGUCCGCAACUGCUUCCCUCACCACGGCUACAUCUGGAACUACGGCGCGUUCCCCCAGACCUGGGAGGACCCCACCGUCAAGCACCCCGAGACUGGUGCCGUCGGUGACAACGACCCCCUCGACGUCUGCGAGAUUGGCGAGGCUAUCGGCUACACUGGCCAGGUCAAGCAGGUCAAGGUCCUCGGCAUCAUGGCCAUGAUCGACGAGGGCGAGACCGACUGGAAGGUCAUUGCCGUCGACGUCAACGACCCCCUCGCCUCCAAGCUCAACGACAUUGAGGACGUUGAGCAGCACCUCCCCGGUCUCCUCCGUGCCACCAAUGAGUGGUUCCGGAUCUACAAGAUCCCUGACGGCAAGCCUGAGAACGUGUUUGCCUUCUCCGGCGAAGCCAAGCCGCGCAAGUACGCCGAGGAGAUUGUCCGCGAGUGCAACCUGGCCUGGAAGAAGCUCGUCAAGGGCGAGUCUGCUGCCGGCAAGAUCUCGCUCAACAACACUACUGUUGACGAGUCGACCUUCAAGGUCGCCGCCGCCGACGUGCCCGCUGCCAACCCUCUCCCCGCUGCCCCGAUUGACGGCUCGAUCUCCAAGUCGUUCUUCAUCUCGUCGGCGUCGACGUAA